AUGUCUUGGAAAGAUACAAACAAGCACCUAACCAUCCUGCGCGAUGCCGCAGCCGGCCAAUACGGUGUCAUCGCCGCGAUCGCCUACAACAUCGAACAUAUCCUAGGCCUUAUCCGUGCCGCCGAAACAGCCCGCUCACCCCUCAUCAUCCAAUUCUUCCCCUGGGCCAUCGAAGCGACAGAUGGCCUGCUCGUACGCACAGCCGCAGAUGCAGCCAAACGUGCCAGUGUGCCGAUCAGUAUCCACCUUGAUCACGCACAGUCCGAAGACAUCAUCAAACGAGCAGCAGACCUUCCCUUUGACAGCAUAAUGGUUGACAUGUCGCACUAUGAGAAGGAUGUCAACUUGGCGAAGACCCGGGAGUUGGUGCAGUACUGCAAUGAACGUCAGAAGGUUACCGAGGCCGAGCCGGGACGUAUUGAAGGUGGGGAGGACGGCGUGAUGGAUACGGCGGGGCUUGAGGCGUGCAUGACUACUGCGGAGGAGGUGGAUGAGUUUGUUGACACGGGCGUGGAUGUGCUUGCGCCUGCGUUUGGAAAUAUUCAUGGGGAAUAUGGACCUGUGGGGCCUCAGCUUGAUCUGAAUCGAUUCGAAGAUAUUCGUGUGCAGGCGAAAGGAAGAGUUGAGCUCGCUCUUCACGGCACUAAUGGAUUCCCGCCGGAUCUCAUGAAGCGUUGUGUAGCUGCUGGCGUUACCAAAAUUAAUGUCAACAAAUUGGUUUUGGAUGACUACUAUGAUCAUCUGAGGGCUAAUGUUGCGACAAUGCCGCACACUCAGCUUAUCGAAGAGGGCAUUCAGAAGGUGGCGGAUUUGACUAUUAGAUGGAUGGAGAUUUCAGGCUCAGCAGGAAAGGCAUAG